ACAGACAAAAAAAAAAAAAAAAAAACGCAGGACCAAAUCUCAUCUUCAUCAAGCCAAAAACCUCCCAUAUUCCAAUUCUCUCCUCAAUUCGAUCUCUCCUUUCUUUAUUCAAAUCCAAUAUUUAUCACCCCAUAUCCAUCCCCGAACAACCCAUCAUUCGGCGAUUUUUAAAUUACGUUUUUUCUGAUUUAAUCUUGCAUUUAAUCGGUAGAGUUUGCAGAAUUCAAUCGAGUUUUAUAGGUUUUGGAUCCGUUAACGGAGCGGAAUUGAGGGAAAGGAAAUGGAAAUUUCGGUUAACUAAUCUUUGUGAGUUUGAAUCCGAAAGAUGCCUGGAUUAGCGCGGAGAAAUGACCAAUGGAGAAAUGACCAAUAUAGCAAUGUAUCAUUUGGGUUCUGGUCGACGCAUAGCGAUGCUGUUGGGUACAAUCAGCUGCAGAAGUUCUGGAGUGACCUGUCACUGCAGGCUCGACAGGAGCUCCUCAGGAUUGACAAGCAAACCCUCUUUGAGCAGGCUCGCAAGAAUAUGUACUGCUCGCGAUGCAACGGGCUGCUGCUUGAAGGGUUUUUGCAGAUUGUCAUGCAUGGAAAGUCAUUACAGCAGGAAGGAGCAGCUAAUAACCUUCCUUGCAAUAGACCACGAGUCUCAAAAAGGCAGAAUGAUGGUGGAUCAAGUUUGACAAAUGGGUUGUCAGAAGAAACUCAGGAUCCAUCUGUCCAUCCUUGGGGAGGUCUGACCACAACUCGUGAUGGGUCAUUGACCCUUCUAGAUUGCUAUUUGUACUCAAAGUCUCUGAAGGGAUUACAAAAUGUGUUUGACAGUGCUCGAUUAAGGGAGAGGGAGCGUGAAUUGCAUUAUCCUGAUGCUUGUGGUGGGGGAGGUCGGGGUUGGAUAAGCCAAGGAUUUGUGAGUUAUGGAAGAGGACACGGAACUAGAGAAACAUGUGCACUGCACACUGCCAGGCUUUCUUGUGAUACAUUGGUUGAAUUCUGGUCAGCUCUUGGUGAAGAAACUCAGCAGUCCCUCUUAAGAAUGAAAGAAGAGGAUUUCAUUGAGAGGCUCAUGUACAGGUUUGACAGCAAACGGUUCUGUAGAGAUUGUAGAAGGAAUGUUAUUCGUGAAUUCAAGGAAUUGAAGGAGCUGAAGCGCAUGCGUAGAGAAACCCGCUGCACUAGUUGGUUCUGUGUUGCAGAUACAGCUUUUCAAUAUGAGAUAUCUGAUGACACGGUCCAAGUUGAUUGGCACCAAACUUUUGCUGAUGCUGUUGAGACUUACCAUCACUUUGAAUGGGCAAUUGGAACAGGAGAAGGAAAGUGUGACAUUAUGGAAUUUGAAAAUGUUGGAAUGAGUGGAAGUGUUCACAUCAAUGGCCUGGACCUUGGAGGUCUGAGCACAUGUUAUAUCACCCUAAGGGCCUGUAAAUCAGAUGACCGCUGUACUGAGCUUUCUGUCAAAGCUCAUGCAUUAAAGGGGCAACAGUGUGUGCAUUGCAGGCUUGUAGUUGGGGAUGGUUAUGUUACAAUCACAAGGGGUGAAAGUAUCAGAAAGUUUUUUGAGCAUGCCGAGGAGGCUGAGGAAGAAGAGGAUGAUGAUUCCAUGGACAAGGAUGGCAAUGAGCUGGAUGGAGAAUGCUUCCGCCCCCAAAAGCAUGCAAAGAGUCCUGAACUUGCUCGAGAAUUUCUUCUAGAUGCGGCAACUGUUAUAUUUAAGGAACAGGUUGAAAAGGCUUUCAGGGAAGGAACAGCACGUCAAAAUGCCCAUAGCAUCUUUGUUUGUCUUGCACUAAAGCUUCUAGAGGAACGUGUUCAUGUUGCAUGCAAGGAAAUUAUUACAUUAGAAAAGCAGAUGAAACUUCUUGAAGAAGAGGAGAAGGAAAAGCGUGAAGAAGAAGAACGUAAGGAGAGGAGAAGAACAAAAGAACGAGAGAAAAAGCUUCGAAGAAGGGAGAGGUUGAAGGAGAAAGAAAGAGAAAAAGAAAAAAGAUGUCCAGAAUCAAAUCUUAUUUCUGUUCUCCCCAAUGUCUCAAAGGAAGAAUCUUCACCGGUGGUUGACGGAGAACUGAGUAAUGCAAUCAACUGCAAAGAGUCUGUCAGUGAAUUUGGUUACAUUAAUCGAUUGAGGCCUGGAUCUCCUGAUAUUGAAGAAGAGUUUCUAAAUGAUUGUACCUCUUCAAGUUCGCAAAAUCACUCUUCUGAUAGUCUUGAUAGUGAAGGUUCACAAGUCAAAGAUGGGAGUGGUUCUUUUACAAUGGAGGAAUCGAAGUUUUCUCAUAGGAGAUCGAAAUUUCAGAAGGAAGCUCAGUUUGACCCAUCUUUGAAAUGGUCUGACAGGCGGCGGUUCACUAUUGUUUCAGAAAAUGGUCCUAUCCAUAGAUCUGAAUCAAGAUGUCAGAGUGAAAGCUUUGAAGUUUCUUCCAGGGGAACCAAUGGAUCAAAUAGGCAACUAAGAAUAAAUGCUACAAGGUCCAUUGGUCGUACUUGUGGUCUCAAGUAUAGUGAGAAGUUUCAUUGUUCCAAUGGUAGGGGUGACAGAUAUGACUCUUAUUCUUUUAGCUGUAGCCAAAAAAAUAAAUACAGAAUAAAGGGUGAGUCACAUGUUUCUGCAUUAAGAGCAGGUCAAGAGCCCAGAUCUGUGAGCAAGCCGGAAUUUGCAUUGGAUAUGUCCAAGCAACUCUAUCCUAGUCACAAGUAUAAUCAAGUGGAAUUCAUGCAUGAAGAUUUUGGAAGAGUAAAAGGCAAAACAAUAUCAGGAAACAAUUCUCAUGGUUGGGAUUCACUUCAUUUAAAGAAAGUUUGGGGGCCAACAGAAUCACAGCAGAAGUACUCUCGCAGCAACUCAGAUUCAGCUGUUACCUUGAUGAGGUCAUCUACCUUCAACAAUAAAGGAGUUGGAUCUGAUAAUAACAUCUUUAAGUCAUCAGGAAAUGUUGCGUCAUCUGGUGAUGUAUGUUCUUGUGAUACUAGUGGAAAUUCAGGUGAAAUUGAUCAAGAGGAUAGUAAAGUUACCAAAUCAAGAAACUUUAGCCAUGAAAUGAAUGGAGACCACCAAAAUGAACUUCAGGAGGAAGCCCAGAUUGAGGCUUCUUAUGAGAAAGAUGGAUUGUGUCCUUCUAGAAACUUUACCUUGAAUGUGUCUUCUGAUCCUAUGGUGGGAAGUACUAAUUCUGACAGCUGCUCCUCUUGCCUUGGUGAAGGAGAUGGCAAUGGGGUCUCUCCAAAUCAUGGAAACAUGGAAUCUUCUUCGACAUCAGAUUCUGAAGAUGCCAGUCUAAAAUCAGAUGCAAGAGAUGCUUCAGUAGGCACUCUAAACAGCUUUUCUGAGUGUCAGGAGCAAGGAAUAGAUAAGAAGCUGAAUAUUAAUGGAGGGGACUCUCUUGGAAGUCAGACUUUGUUAAAGUCACUGGAUGGUACAGGAAGUGCAAUCUCUGGAAAUAUGCUGAUGAAAACUGCAGGGCGUUAUGAAAAUGGAAUAUCAACUGUUACAAUGGGUGCUCAACAUCAAAGUGUGUUUCCACCAACGCACAACCAACAUACACAGUUUCCAGUAUAUCAAGAUCCUUCAACAAUGGGUUACUACCCUCAAAAUGCUGUUACCUGGCCUGCAACUUCAGCAAAUGGAUUAAUGGUCCUUCCUCCACCAAAUCACUAUUUAUAUUCCGGACUUCUCGGUUAUGGUUUAAAUGGGAAUUCACCCUUAUGCAUGCAAUACGGUGCUCUACCACAUCUAGCUACUCCCCUGUUCAAUCCUGGCCCUGCUCCACUUUAUCAGCCUGUUGCAAAAGCCAAUGGCUUUCAUUCUGAGGAGCAUACUCAGAUAUCUAAGCCAGCUGAAGCAAAAGCUCCUGCUGGCACACUUCCGACAGAAACAGCAGCAUGUCAAGAAGGUGAUCAAAUUGAUAAUUCUACCAACUUGCAAACGGGUAAUAGUAACUUCUCCCUGUUCCAUUUUGGGCCUGUAGCUUUUUCAACAGGAUGUAAAUCCGAUCUUAUGUCUUCAAAAGAUGGGAUUGUUGGAGAAUUGUCUUCUCAGUUUUCAACAGAUCAUGUUGACAACAGUCAUGCUAGCAGUAAGAAAGAGAAUAGAAUUGAAGAGUACAACUUGUUUGCGGCAAGUAACGGCAUAACUUCUUCGUUGAUGAUAAGGAAGUUUGAGAGUUCUUUGUAAUUGCGUACAAUAAUGUUCCUGUGAAAGAAAAAUCCAAUUCAUACCUCAUAGUCUCUAUAGUUGAUAUUACCAGAAGACUGGUUGCAUUGUUUUUCUUAUAGUAGAGAAGAUAAGAUUGAAGAGUGAGCACUACAAAAUGUUUGAGGGCGUCUUGUUAUGUUAGAGGUCAUAUUUCUGAUUAAUGAAGCAGCUUUUGUAUG